ACGUUGCCUACCUGCGCUCCGUCCUGCCCGGCACCACGGAAGACGCCUUCUUCGAUUCCCUGGCCACCUUGGACGCCUCGGAGGUGACCGUCACCGCCGUGCCGGAGGGCUCCGUCGUCUUUGGCAGGGUCCCGUUCCUCCAGGUGAAGGGACCGCUGCUGGUGGUGCAGCUGCUGGAGACCAUGUUGCUGUGCCUGGUUAAUUAUGCCAGUUUGGUGGCCACGAACGCCGCUCGCUUCCGACUCCUUGCUGGCCCGGACGUGAAGCUGAUGGAGAUGGGGCUCCGGCGCGCUCAGGGGCCGGACGGUGCCCUUUCGGCCUCCAAGUACUCCUACAUCGGGGGCUUCGACUUCACCAGCAACAUCCUGGCGGGGAAGCUCUACGGCAUCCCGGUGCGCGGCACCAUCGCCCAUUCCUUCAUCGUGUCCUUCACCUCGCUGGAGGAGGUGAAGCCCCGGGUGAGCGUCGCCAUGGGCAGGGGAUGGGGUGCUCUGCCCGCGGCCGUGGGAGAUGCCAAUGUCCAUGUCACCCCGGGCAGGAGCUGCUGCCGCUGGAGCGGCUUGCCGAACUUCUGCGCCGUGGCGUUGGCGCUGCACCAGCUCGGGUACCGGGCCAUCGGGGUGCGGCUGGACAGCGGGGACCUUGCCCACCAGGCCAAGGAGACGCGCCGGGUGCUGCGAGCCUGCGGUGCUCACUUCCAGGUGCCCUGGUUUGAGACCAUCCCCAUCGCCGUCAGCAACGACAUCAGCGAGCAGAGCCUGGAGGAGUUCAGCCAGGAGGGGAGUGAGAUUGACGUGGUCGGCGUCGGGACGAACCUGGUGACGUGUCCCCUGCAGCCAUCGCUGGGCUGCGUUUACAAGCUGGUGGAGGUCAAUGGCUCCCCAUGCCUGAAGGUCACAGAAGAUGAGGAGAAGAUGACCAUCCCAGGAACUAAGAUGAUCUAUCGGCUCUACGACCCUGCUGGUCACCCCUUCAUGGACCUCAUGGCUCUGGAGGAGGAGCCAUCGCCCAGCGCAGGGCAGGAGCUGGAGAUCCGUGUCCUGGGGCAGCUUGGUGAGACCAGCAAGGUUGUGCCUACCACCGUGGAGCCCCUCCAUCGCACGUACUUCAGAGACGGCCAGGUGUGUGAGCCGCUGCCCAGCCUGCCAGAGGUGAGGAACCAUGCGCAGGUGUCUCUCAGCCUGCUCAGCCCUGCUCACCGCCGGCUCCAUGCCCCCCAGCCAUACCCGGUGGCUGUGACGGAGAGGCUGCACCGUCUCCUCGCUGAGGCCAGCCAGUGA